CAGAUGAAAAGAUGACAGAUUUUGUUAGACGUGUCAAGUGAAAAAACGAAAAGAGCUAGACAGUGGAGUAAUUUUUGCAUCCAUCUUUUCGUAACGUAUAGCAUAAAAUAAGUAAUUUAGUGCGGAUAAAGCUGUUUAAAGUGUGGAAAUACAUACAACCAAAAAAAUUAAGCGAAAGAGCAAGCUUCCGGAGCAGUGAUGUUGACUAAUUUCGAAACGAAAUCUGCUCGGGUGAAGGGACUAUCGUUUCACCCGAAAAGGCCGUGGGUUUUGGCAAGCUUACACAGCGGAGUAAUUCAGCUGUGGGACUAUCGCAUUAGCACCUUGAUCGAGAAGUUUGAUGAACAUGAUGGGCCGGUACGUGGCAUCGCUUUCCACAGUCAGCAGCCACUAUUUGUGUCUGGUGGCGAUGAUUUCAAGAUAAAAGUGUGGAACUACAAACAGCGUCGGUGCAUCUUCUCACUGCUAGGUCACUUGGAUUACGUACGUACGACCAUGUUCCACCAUGAGUAUCCGUGGAUUCUGAGUGCUUCUGAUGAUCAAACUAUCCGCAUCUGGAAUUGGCAGUCGAGAUCUUGUAUUUGUGUUCUGACUGGACACAACCAUUACGUCAUGUGUGCUCAAUUCCAUCCGACCGACGACAUAAUUGUUUCGGCUUCGUUGGACCAGACUGUUAGGAUUUGGGACAUUUCGGGAUUGAGAAAGAAGAAUGUAGCACCCGGUUCGACUGGAUUAGAGGAUCAUCUGAAGAAUCCAACAGCAACGGAUUUGUUUGGACAAGCCGAUGCAGUUGUGAAGCAUGUUCUGGAGGGACAUGAUCGGGGUGUGAACUGGGCCAGUUUCCAUCCGACAUUGCCAUUGAUCGUGUCCGGAGCUGACGAUCGUCAGAUCAAGCUGUGGAGAAUGAACGAGUAUAAGGCAUGGGAGGUUGAUACAUGUCGGGGACAUUACAACAAUGUUUCGUGCGUUCUGUUCCACCCCAGAGCGGAGCUUAUCGUUUCGAAUAGUGAGGAUAAAAGCAUUCGCGUGUGGGACAUGACCAAGCGUCAGUGCAUCCAUACGUUCCGGAGGGAACACGAGCGUUUCUGGAUUAUGGCUGCGCAUCCUAAUUUGAACCUUUUCGCUGCUGGCCAUGAUUCUGGCAUGAUUGUGUUUAAGUUGGAACGGGAACGACCAGCUUACGCAGUGUAUGGUAACUGUCUGUACUAUGUCAAGGAACGUUUCCUUCGAGAGUUGGAUUUUAACACGAAGAAUGAUGCGGUUCUGAUGACCAUUCGAGGUGGAGGAAAAACACCGGUGUACAAUAUGUCGUACAACCCAGCACUGAAUGCCGUACUGUUGUGUACUAGAACAUCAAAUCUAGAGAACAGCACAUAUGAUCUGUACAGUAUUCCGCAAAAGGACAGCGGAUCACAGAAUACGGAAACUGAUAGUAAGCGAUCAUCGGGCGUUACCGCUGUAUGGGUAGCACGUAACCGAUUUGCCGUUUUGGACAGAUCCAACCAACUGGUGAUUAAAAACUUUAAGAAUGAAGUUACCAAAAAGAUUCAAACACCAGUGUGCGAUGAGAUAUUCUACGCUGGAACCGGGAUGUUGCUGUUGCGUGAACCGGAACACGUAACUCUGUUCGAUGUACAACAGCUUCGUACUCUGGCGCAGGUCAAAAUAGCUAAGUGCAAAUACGUGGUCUGGUCAGCGGACAUGAGCCACGUGGCAUUACUCGCGAAGCAUACUCUGAACAUAUGUAACCGUCGGCUGGAUUUGCUUUGUUCUAUCCAUGAAAGCGCUCGCAUCAAAAGUGGAGCUUGGGACGACUCUGGGGUGUUUAUUUACACCACCUCUAACCACAUCAAGUAUGCUAUCAUCAAUGGGGAUCAUGGCAUAAUUCGUACUUUAGAUCUUCCGAUCUACAUCGCUCGUGUGAAAAACAGUCAGGUUUUCUGCCUGGACCGCGAAUGCCGAACCCGGGUGUUGAACAUUGACACUACCGAGUACAAGUUUAAGUUGGCGCUGAUCAAUCGCAAGUACGAGGAAGUGCUGCACAUGGUGCGCAAUGCGCGACUUGUUGGACAAAGUAUAAUUGCAUAUUUGCAGCAGAAAGGCUACCCAGAGGUAGCCUUACACUUUGUCAAGGACGAGAAGACUCGGUUUGGUUUAGCACUGGAGUGCGGCAAUAUCGAGGUGGCACUGGAAGCUGCAAAAGCUCUGGAUGACAAACAGUGCUGGGAGCGACUUGCGCAGACCGCCCUCAUGCAAGGUAACCACCAGGUAGUGGAAAUGUGUUACCAACGUACCAAAAACUUCGAUAAGUUGUCCUUCCUUUACUUGAUUACUGGCAAUUUGGAAAAGCUUAAAAAGAUGAACAAAAUAGCUGAAAUCCGUAAGGAUGUGUCCGCUCAGUACCAGGGUGCUCUGCUACUUGGUGACGUCAAGGAACGUGUUUCCAUUCUGAAGAAUUGCAAUCAAACAUCGUUGGCUUAUUUGACUGCUAAGACGCAUGGUCUGGAGGAGGAUGCCACUCAGCUGGCUGAAACGAUUGUAAGCGCUGGAAAGGAUUUGCCGCAGGUCAAUGAAAAUGCAAAGUUUUUACGUCCGCCAGUGCCGAUUCAACAGGCUGAAAGCAACUGGCCACUAUUGACGGUUUCGAAGGGAUUCUUCGAAGGUACGAUGAUGUCGCGUGGAGCCGCAACCGUUCACCAAGCGCUAGCUGCUACCGAGACCGUCGUCGAAGCUGCCGACGAGGAUGGUUGGGGUGUUGACGACGAUCUGCGGGACGAUGAUAAGUUCGAAGAUGCAAAAGAGGAUGGAGAUAUUAAGGCUGAAGGAGCAGAAACUGCGGGUUGGGAUGUAGGAGAUGAUGAUUUGGAACUCCCAGAGGAACUCAUGUCGAAGAUAACGGCGAGCACUGCUGGGGACAAGGGCUUCUAUGCUGUUCCGCCUAAGGGUUUACCACCUUCGCAUUUCUGGACAAUCAAUUCGCAGCUAGCGGCGGAUCACGUUCGUGCUGGGUCUUUCGAAACCGCAUUCCGAUUGUUGCAUGAUCAAAUUGGAGUCGUCAACUUUGCUCCGUAUAAAAAUAUCUUCAUGGAAUCGCACAUCGGUUCUAAAACAUCAUACACGUGUCUACCGAACAUUGGCCCGCUGUCAGCAUUCCCAAGUCGCAACUGGAAAGAGUUGAACGUUAAAAAUUCUCAUCCCACAUUAGCAUUCAAGCUGAACGAUUUAGUUCAGAUGCUUCAAUCUUGCUACCAAUUGACUACCACUGGAAAGUUUACCGAAGCCAUCGAAAAGCUGCAAUAUAUCAUACUGUGCAUUCCUUUGUUAGUUGUCGAAUCCCGACAGGAAAUAGCGGAAGCUCAACAGCUGCUAACAAUUUGCCGAGAAUACGUCGUUGGUCUUCAAAUGGAAACACUUCGCAAGGGUCUACCGAAGAACUCGCUGGACGAGCAGAAACGAAUCUGCGAGUUGGCAGCCUACUUCACCCACGUCAAUCUCCAGCCGGUGCAUCAAAUUCUCACCCUACGAACGGCACUGAAUCUGUUCUUCAAAUUGAAAAACUACAAAACAGCAGCUUCCUUCGCCCGUCGUCUAAUCGAUUUAGGACCACGGCCGGAGGUUGCAGCUCAGGCUAGAAAAAUUUUGUCAGCUUGCGAAGUGAACGAAGCCGACGAACACACGCUGCAGUACGAUGAACACAAUCCGUUCACGCUGUGCGCCGUCACCUACAAGCCCAUCUAUCGGGGCAAACCGGAGGAAAAGUGUUCGCUCUGCUCUGCAUCCUACCAGCCAGCCUAUAAAGGUGUGACGUGUAUUGUUUGUCAGGUGGCCGAAGUAGGCAAGGAUGUCAUUGGACUGAGGAUUAGCGCGUCUCAGUUCAAAUAAGUAUUCGGCGGAUCUGCCGGUGAAUUUAAUAAAACAAGGACGCAUUUUAGUGUUAAAGCUAUAAACUUUUUAUUAAGUAAUAAUUAUGCUGUGGUCUACACAAUUAUUCCAUUACGAUUGCAUUGUGAAAACGGAGAUUGAGCAGCGAUGUAUGAGGAAAUGAUUGAUAAAUCAAUAAAUAUAGCCAGUUCAUUGAUGUUCUGUAUAAGCGACGUA